AUGUGUUCCUGCCCGUUCUGCACGGCCGCGCCCGCGCAGACCCUGCGCGCGCGCUGCGUCGCGGCGUCCCUCUGGGGCGUCCUCGGUGUGGCCGGCUUCCUCGCGCUGGGGGGCAGUGAGGGAUACGGGGAAGACCUGCGCACCCUCACGUCGAACGGCGCCUGCGAGUCCAAUAACACGUUUGUGUGGCUGCUGGCCCUGGGCUACUUCAGCGUCAAGGGGGCGGUCAUGACGCUGGCAGCCUCCGUCAGGGCCCACCUGUUUGAGAGCCGCGCCAACAGCGCUCAGGGCGGCCACGGCCCAGCGGCCGCCGGCAGGAUGGGCGACGGUGCGUCCUGGUGGCGCUGGCAGGAGGCGCGGUGGCGCCGCGAGAGCGCGGUCACGCGUGCUGCCAUCGAGUUUGUGGUGGCGUCCACGAUGCUGGCGGCGCUCGUCAUAUCUGGGGGCGGCGCGGACCAGCUGCAGCUGCAGAUUGAGACGCUGGAUGAGCGGGCGCUGUGCAGGCUUACGGUGGCCAUGUGGCUCUUCUGGGAGUCGUACCUCGCCGGCAUGGCCGGCAUGGGCGCCGGCGGCAAGGCGGCCUGGAGCGAGGCCCAGCUGCAGCGCCUGCUCAGGGUGCGCGCGGCGCAGGAGGAGCGCCGCCAGGAGCGCGUCGCGCGCCUGCGCCGCACGGGCAGCUGA